AAACAGUUGCCUGUAGAACAAAGAAGCGUCUCUCAGUGUUCAGGGCAAAUCUGACAUGAAAAUAUCACAGUCUACGACGGCGUUAAAAUCUGCAACAAGGAAGAAAAAGAAGAAAGAAGAUGUCUCUCCGACUACUCAUUGUGGCACUUCUGGCUGCUUCAGCCAUAGCAACCACACAUAACGAAUGUGAAAAUAAGCCCGCACCGGAUGACGUUCGAGUGGAGAAUUGCAGUGAACAGCCCUGCUCUAUUCUACAGGGAUCUGACGUCAUCGCUGAGGUGGACAUCGUUGCACAAAAGAACAUCAAAAACUUGGAAGCCAGAGUGAGAGCCACAGUGUUCGGACUCACUGUGAACUACCCACUACCUGAGCCAGACGCGUGCAAAUCCCUCGUUGACUCGUCUUGUCCUCUAGAAAAAGGGGAUGUAGCCACUUACAAAUUGGUAAUGCCUAUCUCUGAGGCAAUUCCACAGGUAUCUGUGAAUGUUGAGCUUUCACUCGUAGAUACAGAUUCAGAAGAGGUGGUCUCCUGCUUCAACAUUGACUUGAAAGUCACAAAAUAAACAUAACAUUAUAUCAGUUCCAAAUUAUUAUUAUUAUCGAAGAAAUGUUAAAUCCACUUUUAAAUUGAAUUUGAUGUUGUAAUCUCUGUUGUACUAAUUAGAAUGAAUAAAACUCUGUAAGCCAUA